AUGUCUUUCAAUAAGAAAUAUGCCGGUCUUCCUGAUCUAGACCCGUCCCCGGAUAUCUAUGAAACCCCCGACUUGACCGACGAAGCAUCCACCUUGCCCACUGCCACCAUCCGCACAGACUACGACCAUGAUGAUGCAGGCUCAAACUCCGACAUUGACCGGGAGGGUGUCAACCCGGACCAGGCGCGUAUGCGCUUCAUGGGAGCGGUCGUGGACGCCCGCGAUGUCAAUUUCUCAGAUAGCAUUUCCAUGAAGCGGCAGGCCUACCGGAGCAAGAGCAUGAGCCGUCGUCGUCGGCGGAGACGCGAGGACGGAGUAGAGGAGGUUGGUGACCUGAGUGAUAGCGAGGACGAGUCGCUUGAGCGGAGGCUUGCGCGACUGCGGAGAGAGGUCGAAGAUCUCAAGGUGGAAAUGGCCAACAAAAAAGACAGCACAGAGGCCGGAAAUGGAUCGUCGCAGAGUGCUGCCGCAACUGAAAAGCCAGGGGAGAACCUAAGUGAUGGCGUUGCGGAGCUGAGCCGCGCUCUGGACAAUCUGCACGCUUCGCGAGGCGCGGCGAGCUCAUCGCAUUCAGCUGCGGCGUUGCUGUCUCAGAAGCUUGAAUCUGGGACUCGCGCUGCCACAGACGCGCAGGCACAAUCCUCGGCCGAUGCAUCAAUGGCAGUCCCCGCAGUGCCAGCACCAACUGCCUCUUCAGCAGGGCUUCUCUCUCACGCGGCAGCAUUCGACAGUCGCCUGGCGCUGCUUGAAAGCUCCAUCGGUAUCUCAAGCUUAUCCAACCCCUUCAUCGCCGAUGGCAUCAGCGAGUCAACGCCGCACCCAGUUCUCCCAGCUCUGGACCAGCUCACCUCCCGCCUCUCAGCCCUCACUGGACUUCUGGUUGGCACGGGCUCCGCGUCCGCAGCGCCAGGAGCACCCAAUGCCGCGCCAGGCAUGACAACUCCACACCUAGAAGCUCUUUCCACGCGAGUCCGAAAAUUGACUACGGAUGCCGAGGCGCUCACCACAGCCCGCAGAAAAGCCUUCGAAGCCGCAAAGGCCGUUCACAACGCCCGCCUAGCAAGUUCAGAUGCCGACGUCAUCCCUGCACUAGAAGCGUCGACCGACGACGAACAUACCGCCAAGAUCCAAGCCCUCUACACCACCCUUCCAACUAUCCAGUCCCUGCAUCCCCUGCUGCCCAGCAUCCUCGAGCGUCUGCGCUCUCUGCGCGCCUGUCACGCCGGCGCAGCCCACGCCGCGGACUCGCUUAACGAGCUGGAAAAGCGCCAUGCCGAGAUGGCAUCAGAGAUCGAGCAGUGGCGUGAAGGGUUGACGACCGUCGAAGAGAAAAUGAAACAGGGUGAAGCUGCUCUCCGGUCUAAUGUGGAGACUGUCGAGCCCUGGGUGCGCGACUUGGAGUCUCGUCUGGCACGUCUGGAAGGCCCCUCGACACUGUAA